ACAACAACAACCACAGCACCAACAACAACGACCACAGAACCACCUACAACAACUACGACAGCUCCACCACCAACAACAACCACAGCACCAACAACAACGACCACAGCACCACCUACAACAACAACCACAGCACCACCUACAACACCAACUACAGCACCAACAACAACAACCACAGCACCACCUACAACAACAACCACAGCAACAACAACGACCACAGCACCACCAACAACAUCCACAACACCCCCUCCCAACAACGCCACGGGAAAACCAACUACAACAACGACCACAGAACCACCUACAACAACUACGACAUCUCCACCAACAACAACAACCAGAGCACCAACAACAACGACCAUGUCAACCACCUCCAAAAACCAACGACUAAAGCACACCCCUACAAAAAAACGACCACGAGCACCCCCUACAACAACAACCACAGCACCACCAACAACAACGACCAUGGCACCACCUACAACAACAACCACAGCACCUACAACAACGACCACAGCACCACCUACGACACCAACCACAGCACCAACAACAACGACUACAGCACCUACAACAACGACCACAGCACCACCUACAACAACAACCACAGCACCUACAACAACGACCACAGAACCACCUACAACAACUACGACAGCUCCACCAACAACAACAACCACAGCACCACCUACAACAACAACCACAGCACCUACAACAACAACCACGUCACCACCUACAACAACAACCACAGCACCAUCUACAACUACAACCACAGCACCACCUACAACAACAACUACCACUGAACCACCUACAACAACGACCAGAGCACCAACAACAACGACCACAGCACCAACAACAACAACCACGGCACCACCUACCAAAAACCCCGACCACGCACCAAAAACCCAACAACCACAGCACCUACAAAAAACAACCACAAACCACCUAAAACCAACUACGACAGUUUCCACCAACAACAACAACCAAAAGAAACCAACAACAACCCACGUCCCCAAACCCUAA